CAACCACCAAACAUCAACACUACCACACCACACCACACUCUCACACCCAUUGUCUUCAAACCCAUACCACAGACAACACACUACCAAUCACACAUCCACACCAUCAAGAUGCCCUCUCGUCAACUCAGCGUCACCGAGCCACACCCAUCUGUUCCUCGAUCAGGGGGAUACAUUGGAGGUGGCCGAGGCGGAGCCGGCAACUACCAGAAAUACAAGGCCGGAGAGCUCACCACCGGUGCAUCUGCCACUGGACCAGCUUCGCUCAUCUCUCUGUCACGCCCAAGCAACACCAAGAGAACCGUGGGCGCUGGCCGUGGUGGAGCUGGCAACAUGGUCACCGCGACUGAGCAGUCCAUGUUUCAAUUCGACGAGGAGAUGCUCAAGACCCGAGAGGCCCCGGUCACCCCAAUCUACCGCAUCGGACGUGGUGGAGCUGGCAACAUGUUUCCGGAAGUCAAGGCCGCAUCGGCAUCCUCUCGCAAGAACUCUUCCUCGUCGACUGAGAGCGGCAGCGAGAGACCCGCAAACUUGAGGAGAGAGUCUGGUGGCAUGUUCUCAUCCAUCUUCACCCGACGUUCAGCAUAGAGUGCUGUCCUCCGGCUAUGUUUCCCUCAUCUCGAUCCAUUCCGAUCUGGUUGGAGCAGAAGUGCCAUUGAUGAGCGAUGAAACAUCUCCUGGUUUCGAAAUCACUUCUAUUACGAACUUACGACAUCAUACGCAUGAUUAAAAAGCGAAGGCGCUGGGGCAACUUUCUCUCAGCAGCACACAACAUGAGACAUGGUCGGCGUACCAUUUUGGGUCGUGGCUUCUUCAGCUGCCCGACAUGCAUGGUUCCGGCACAAGAAGCAUUGUGGAGUUCCCAUGGUAUGCAUCCCAUAGCCCGGGAGGAAAAAAAGUUUUGGUUUAGCUUUAAAAGUUGUUUUGUAUCUCUACAACCGGCGAGGAUUCGAUGAUACCCUUUCUCGCGCCGAGGGCGCCUGCUACGGCAUCAAUGCGAAGUGCAUUUGGAGGUGAUAGGAGGAUAAUAUGAUGUAUACUAUAUGUUAAUAACACAUUGAGUGAUUCUGAAAUCUC